GAGGGGCGGGGCUGAGUCUACGGACCCGGGAUCUGGGGCGACUGAACGGCGACCUGACCCCGGAAGUAGGCUGAAGUACUGCGGCGGCGGGCGGCGGGCUGCGGCGGAGUCUCAGAGAGCGGUGGCAGCGGCGGGCGACUAUGUUCCACUUCUUCCGAAAGCCUCCAGAGUCCAAAAAGCCCUCUGUUCCAGAGCCAGAAGCAGAUGGAUUUGUCCUCUUAGGAGACACAGCAAGUGAAAUGAGAUGUAAAAUCUCCGAGGCAGAAGGUGGCCAGUCUUUGCAGACCGGCAAAGAAGACACAUCCAGUGAGACUGUAGCUGACUCCGAGACAGGAAAUCAGACAGGCCAGACUCUGGAGAACAACUCACAAACAGCUGAGCUCCUGAGUGACGUGCCCUUCACCUUGGCUCCACAUGUGCUGGCAGUGCAGGGCACCAUCGGCGACCUUCCUGACCACUUACUCUCAUACGAUGUCGGCGACAACUUGUCCCGAUUCUGGUAUGAUUUCACUCUUGAAAAUUCAGUGCUCUGUGAUUCAUAGUCUUUGUGUCUAAGUGUACCUUAAGAGCUUCAAAAGAAAGAUAGUCUGCCUAUUUUAUUGAACCUGUUCGAUUUUCCUUGUCAUGUCACCCUUGAAGGCCUUGAGGCAAGCAAGGAUCAUAAAAUGAAUGAAAUAACAUCAUGUGCUUGGUUUUAUUCUUCAGAAUAAAGUGAAUUUAUGUAAAGUUGAAAUCAAUAUUUUAACAAAGGGAACUCACUUUGGAAAAAUGUAAGACUUCAGACCACCUGUGUUUCCUGCUCUGAAGGAUAGUAAUCUGUUGAGAUUACCCAGGGUGGUUUUGCCAUCUCUGAAGACACAACAGAAAGAGAAACGAGCCUGUCCCCUGGUUUCCAGGACUCUGCAACCAGAGCCGAGAGCGAGUGUGAAGGUAUUUCUGGGGUGCAGAGGAGGUCGGCAUGUCACUCACUUAACAACUCCCACAGUGUUUGGGAAUGAAGUCAGAAGAAAGCUUCCAGCUAACGUAGUUUUUCCAAUGUCAACUUAGACAAACCGAAAGGGAAAUUGGGAGCUUCUCAUAAACACCAGCCACUCGUUGCUGAUUCAAGAAUUCCAUAAAAGGGACACUGUGGUUUGCCUAGAGCUGCGUGGCCCUCUCCACCCUCCUGAAGGAUGGCUGUGUUCCCUCCUUGUUCCCUUCUGUCCCCUCUGGGUAUUCUUGGACCAGUUUCCAGAGAGCUUUCUCCACUUGUGCCUCAGUGGGUUGGCCUUCCUUACCACAUAUGUUCCCAGUCGAUGAGAUCUGCAUUUCCUUCCCACCUCCUCUGCCUCCUAAUGAAAACAUCUCGUGAUGAUACAUCUCGUGAUGAUAAGACCUGUUUAGAGAUCUGUUGGCCGCGGUUCAGAUGGCAGUGUUUUACUAUUAAACACUCGGUUUAACUGCUUUCCAAUUAGAGUGCAGGCAGACACCCAAAUAUGACUUGUACUUCUUGAAUCUCCAUUAUUUAUUCUAAAUAAAACUAAGCAGGACUGCCAUCAGUCAAUGUACUACAGUGAGAUUUGGUAAAUAGUAAUAGGGGAGUUUCUGUGCCAUGAAAAAGUUGCCAUUUCUUCUAAUUAAUUACACUUUAUUUAUUCUGUGCCAAAGUUUUAAGUACAUUUUUUCACAAAGAGAGUAUCAGGAAAACUAAACACUGUGCAGAAAAGUACAAGAAUUAAUUUUAAUUUGCUAUGCAUGUUCAUUUAAUAAAUGUGGUGUGGUCUUGAUUAAAAAAAAGAGUGUGUUAUUUAAAGUUAAAGGAACAUUUGUACUAAUAAAAAUGUACUUCAUUUACAAUUAACAUUACCAUGUGAGGUUAAUGAAUAAAUUAAAUCUUUACAUAGUUUUCAUAAACCAUCUUCAUAGGAAAUAUGCCUUAUUGACAUAAAUGUGAACAUUUUGUAGCACUUUUUGUGAAGGUACAUCCUUUUCAACCAUCCAUGUUAAUGUAUUUUCAAAACUUAAUGUAAAGAGGUAGUUCUUUUUUCGAAAAUAUGUGAAAAUUUAUAUAAUUAUACAUUUCAUUUAUAUUUAUGUCUACCAUGUUGCAAAUGUGCUUAUAAGUACUGUUUGUCUAAAAUUGUUGUAUUUUAAGAAUGUGAAUUAAAAUAAAUGUUUUGAUUGUUUUCA